UUGCGGUUAGAAAAAUCUAAGAAUGUGCUAGUCAUUAAUAAGUGUUUCAUAAAAUAUUAUAAUUAAAAAAAAAAAAUUAUGGCUGCUACGAAAUCUAUCAUAGUUUUAGCACCCAAUGGUCGAAGACAAACAGUUAAAGUGACACCCAAUCACACAAUUCUUCAGAUUUUGGAAGAGGUUUGCAAAAAACAAGGUUACAAAUCAGAAGAAUAUGAUCUUCGUCAUCAUAAUCACAUCAUAGACACUCAAACAAUUCUACGAUUUUCUGGUUUACCUAACAAUGCAAUGCUUGAAAUGUCUGAAGCAGUUAUUCGGGAAGAAUCUGAUGUUGUUCUUGGAGUCCAAUUAGAAGACGGUACUAGACUUCUUGGAACAUAUAGCCCUAGUGUAAAUUUAACCACUGUGCUUGGAGAUCUGUGCCCUCAACAAAGUCAUCCUGAUUUGCAUCCUGUGGUAAUUUACAUGCGAAGAGAAGUAUUUGGAGAAGAUCUUCUUAAAAACACAACAUUACGAGCGUUAGGUCUAACAGGAGGUAGAGCCAUGCUGAGGCUAAUUCACAGAAAACCAGAAGAACUUAAAUACCAGGCAAAUGUGUCAGCACCUCUACCUGUGAAACCAGUAGAAGAAAAAGAAUUUAUUAAAUCCGCCCCAAAGUUUACUAAGUCUACAAAUGCCUCUGACGUUGUAACUAAAACAAUUGUGACAGCAUUGAAAACAGAAAAGGAAGUGAAAACUCAUUCAAAUGUACCCAGCAUUCUUAAAAUUACACCUAAUGAUAGUGAUAAUGCAAAUGUAAUUAGCAAAAGGGAUUUUGAAGAACCACAAUCUAGUAGUUCUCGACAAAAUACAUCGCAAGUAAAGCAGCCAAAAUUAGAAGAGACUCCUACACCUAUGGUUACAGAUGACACAGAGGAAGAUGAAAUUAAAUUUAUCAUACUUACAGUUAGGUGAAAGAAAUGCUGUGGCUUACAGCUUAUCGAAUUGUAAUAUUUCAACAGCUAUGUAUAAUGAUCUCCCAGAUGAAUUUUUUGAUUUAACUGUGAACGA